AUGACUUCAAAACCAGAGGAAGCUAGAAACAAAGAAAUGUAAGCUCCAGAGAUCCGGAAUGAAACCGUUCGCUUUUUUGUCUAUUCUUUUAGAUUUUUCCAUUUCGAUUUUGCAGAGACAGUUCGGAAGAGGAAGAGGGAUAUCUGCAGAAACUUCUGAAGAAGGAGCAGUUCAAACUGCAAGAUGAGUUCCGUUUGGACGUGGAGGGCACCAUCAAGUACCUGCAGGCCCUUAACAAACUCACCGAUUCGCUGCAGAAAGUCGUCGUGGUGAGAAUUCCUGAAUUCACCAGAAAGAAAUCAGUUUUUGCAGUCCGGCACCAGUUAUCAUUUCGACGAGAAGCGACAAGUGCCGUACAGCGGAUGGAGAUAUCUGACCGGGUACUUGAAGAAGGUCGACUGGAUCGGAAAGAACAAAACGGAAGCGGAGAACUUCAUCUCCGCCUGCGAUCUCCUCGGAUUCGCCGAAGAGAAGAAGAUCGCUGUGAUCCGCAAUCCCGACGAACGAUCGAACAUUUUCAUGGCGGGCGGGCCGUACCGACAGAAAAUGGAACAGUUGAACGCGGCGAUGGGCGAGUCGAUCAAAAGGUGCAAUCGUCGGAGGAAGAAAGUGGAGAAGGCGGCGGUGAUGAAGGAUCUGAAGGACCAGGGACCGAAGUACGUGGCGGCGGUGAAGCAGUUGGACACGGAGUGCCGCGAGAUGGAGAACUACACGAUCAACGUGUCCAAUCACAGAGAAUACCAUCAUUUGCACAUCAGAAAGAGUCUCGGCGUUAUCGAAGAGUUGUCGGAGGAGAAGACGACGGUUCUGAAAGACAAAUUGAAGAAGAAAGCGAUCGGAGAGAUCAAGCCGAAGAAUUCGACAACGCCGAAGAAGGAGAAGGGCGAGAAGUCGGUCAUGGAGAGGACGAUCAGGAAAAAAUAA